CUGGUAGGAUUCAUUUCUUUUCUGUGACAGAACUGAAAAUAGACAUUCUAAUUGUUUUCUUUAUAUGGUAUUCACUGGAUAUCGGCUGAAACUGCAAUAAAUAAAAUACAUGUAAAAUAAAUAAAUGCAGGACGACCUACCUCCCCUUUGAUCGCGAAAAUUAUCCUCAUAUAUCUCUCAAUAUAAGCAGAAAGUGUUCUAGUACAAGUUAAGAACAUUGACAGACGUUGGGCUUUUCAAAAAAAAAAAAAUGUUUUGAUACUCGUUCGUCAAGCUAGUCUCUUAUAUAUGUUUUUUUCCUGAAUAUUUUGCAGUCGUCUGACUGUUGAUAUGACAACAUGAAUGUCUGUUGGAUGACAUAACAGUCUAGUCGAAAUCAUAGUGCAUUGCUUUAACAAUUGUAGUUUGAUGGCUAUACUGUUUGUUCAUGUCAUCCUUUUUCAUAUCUCGUUCAAUAUUUAUCGUUUUUUUGUUAUAUACCCAUUCCCUAUUAGUCAUAUUGGACCUAUCUUUGUCAACAUAGUUUUCUUAGUAAAUGGCUUGAAUGAACCGUCCUUCAAAAGCGGAUGGUUGACGUUGACCGCCCAGGCAGAAGCAGGAAGUCAACUUAUCAUCCCACAUGACCUUGGCGAAUACCCGGUGAAGGUAGAUGUUCAAAUAAGGGUUAUAGACAAUGGUGAUUAUUACAUAUUUACGGGAUCCGGCUCGGCACAUCGUGAUGACGAUUCCGCCACUGACUAUGGUGGUGUGGUAUAUAUCUACAACACUGAAGACAUACGAGUGUAUGCUCCAGACGGUAAAGGCUCGAUGUUAGCUGCAACGACUGGUCUAGUGGGAUUUACCGGUGGCUCUGGUAGAACUGGAUCUACACUCAUUGGUGGAUCAUACACUUCCGGUGAGGUAAAGGUGCGAGCGUGGACACUGUGUGACAUUGGUCCGCCAACAUUUUACCAUCAGUGGACAGCUAUUAGUAGCUCAUCGGCUUACCACGAGAUACCACACAACCUGGGAGUAUAUCCAGACCUUGUCACAGUACAGAUAGCCCUGGAUUCCACAGAUUACUGGUCAGACGCUCAAGGAAGUGCCGGUAUAUCUGACCCGGUAUCGACCUUAAACUCAGGGGGCGUUUUGUUUGGGUACGACACCACUAGGAUACGACUCUGGGCUUCAAGUGCUGGAUUUGUUUUCAGUGCAAGGGAUGGAUGGGGUUUGAAUGAAGACUGGAGGUUUGCUUCAGGCCAAAUAAGAAUUAUAUGUUGGACAUUCCCCCCAUCGGAAAUUAUCUUUAAGGACACUUUAACGAUGGGUAUCGGCAUGACAAGCAAUUAUGAAAUUCCAUUUUCAACAACCUUCGAUACCGACGACAUACUCGUGUCAACAGAGAUCACAGUAUCGGAUGGGAACAAUCCUGGAUUCCGAUUUUACGGGACCGGAAAUAGUUUAACAGACGGAAGUUUUAUUCCGUUCGGGGGAGUUGUGUACGUGUACACAGAAACACAGAUAUUGCUGUGGAGGCCAUCCGACUCCUCCGGGGGAAAAAUGGUGUAUCAUAACAGUAUAUGGGCUAAUGGAUAUAUGAACCAGAUGUCAGAUACAGCUCAAGUCACAAUAAGAAUUAUGACUGCCAGUGGCGCCGUGACAGGUGCAUGUGGACAUGGAAGCUGUAUCGCCACUAUGGAUCCCGUCAACGUAACAUGCACGUGUGAUUUUAACUGGACCGGCAAGGACUGUAAAUCAGAUGUUCCAACUUCUUCAAUCACUACCAUUCCACUAUCAAUCACUUCAACUCAGCCAACUAUUCCUACAAUUCCGCAAACAACCACGUCCACUCAGUCUACAACCACUCCAACUGAGCCUGCUUCGACAAUGUCGCCUACAAUCACUAUACUUCCUCCUACGACUUCCACUGGUACUCCGCCUACCACUACUACAAUACCGCCUACAACUUCUACCAUUCCUCCUACGACUUCCACUGGUACUCCGCCUACCACUACUACAAUACCGCCUACAACUACUACCAUUCCUCCUACGACUUCCACUGGUACUCUAUCUACAACUACUACAAUGCCGCCAACAACCACUACCAUUCCGCUUAUUACGACUACAAGUACGGCUCCGUCGACUUCAAUUCUGCCUUCAACCACUAACGCUCUGUUAAUCACUACUACCAAUCCGCCUGCAACAACUUCAAAUCCCGCUCCAGUGAUGACGACUUCGGCGCUAGUAACAAGAACAGUAUGUGGUUCUCCGCCAACUGUAGCAAACACAAAAUCUCUAUAUGAUGGAACCUCGCACGGGAACAAAGUUCUGUACUCUUGUGAUAGCGGCUACACAAUGUCGUCAGGCGAUCAGAUACACACUUGCUCGGCAGGAGUGUGGGUUGGCACUCAACCAGUAUGCUCAGCUUGUCCAAAUACAUACACGCCGGUGAUUACAACACCCGAAGAACUAAAUGACAGAUUGGAUGUACUUAAGAAAAAUACUGAAGUCCACGUUAAGAACACUACCUCUUACAAACGUAGCCUUGUAUGUGCAAACGAUCCAAGACCUUCAUCGAUAUACUUAGGUUCAGUUGGAAUCCUCAUUCUAAGUCUUAUAUGUAUUUUCCCAUUACUUGCGGACGGAAUUAAUUUGUAUGAGCAUUGCCAUUCAUUUAAUAGAGAUUUGUGUGGCAACGACGACGAUGCUCCGCAUAAAAUCAACACCGAAAAUGAAAGCAUUAGACACAAUUUGGACAUUUCUUUCGACAACAUUAUAUUAUAACACAGCACCCAAUAUGGUUACCUAUGUAAUGCACAGAUCUGUUGUGAUUAUCGUUUAAUAUAUUUGUAGGUUUCAACAUGAGUUUGCAUGGAGUUAUUAUCAUAAUGUAGUGUACUGAUAUAUAAUAUAAUACAGGCACAAAAGAAAAUAGCAGGGGAGGUCUUGGUUUGUAUUGAAAAUAUCAGCAAAUUAAAUGACAUACAAAAAAGGCUUCUUCGUAUUCCGUACUACUUGUAGUUUGCUUGUUUACUUGGCUUAUUGCCCGUGAACAACCACGAGUCAUUUUGAGGCGGGGCCUCCUUGUAGUAUAUGGUGACUACGUCACUCAGCACCGUCGCAUGGUAUCCAGAACAAGAAGGGUAAAGUGUCUUGCCCAAGAACGAACACAAUCACGACAGCACAUAUUGACCCGUUUCACAAACACAAACCGACAAGGGUAGGGAGCGUCGAACUACACCACCCAGAUUUUCACCUGAACUUAUAAUUAUCUGGGCCCUUCGUAUAUAUCGUCGCGUUUAAUUAUUCUUGUGUGGUGCUAUUUUUGUGUAUGUAUUGAUAUUUUAUUAUUCGAACGUCCGAAGUGCAAACAAUAAAACUGGGUUUUGUUCUUUUAAGUCUACCUGUGGGAGUAUUAUCGAUCUAAUCUUCUUAUUCAAAAUUUAAAACCUAUUCUUAUUACAUAUUUAGAAAUGUUGACAAAACUAUUCAUAUGCUAAUGUGAUAUAUUUGAAUAAAACGUUUCGCAUUUCUGUGUACAUAUUUACAAAUAUACUAAUCUAUAAAAAGUAAAUACAAUUAUUGAGAAUAUUGUUAUUUCCCUCUAUGUAUAACAGCCCUUCUGAAAGGUGAAAAGGUUCAAACCAUUCAAUAAAUUUUACGGAGAAAGUAACAUAUGACCGAGUCUUUCGAUAAAUAAAGUCCACAUUGCAAUAUCUUUUUAAUUAAACUUCCCUUUAAAAAGUUGUUUUAUUGUUUUCCACAUAUGCUAGUUGCGGUGCAAUUUUGUAAAUCUUUAAUAACUUGUUGACAAUGUGUUGUAUUUUCUAAGAUUUUAUUAUUAACUCCUCACCCAUGUUUUGUUUGAUCAGACCAUACUGGUGGAUCCCAAUGAAAAUAAUAACUGAAAGAAGCAUAAUAACGGACGCGUAAAAGGGGACGUGGAAUUCCACACAAAAUAUUUUUCCAAAUAGCCGCUUACCCUAAACACACCUACACUACCGUCGCCGUUGGGAAAGGACUCGAAACACCAAAUGUUCUUAAAAAGUAUACUACGAAGUGAGACGUUCUGGGGACCAUUAACUGCCAUAGCUUAUUAUGGUAAUAAACACCACUUUGAUAAAAUUUAAGGUAUACCCGCAAAGCGGUCAAUCUGUCACCUCGGAAGCAUCGUGAGUCAUCUGAUUGGACAAAGGUUACAUAUUGCCCGAUAUAUUUCAAAUUUGGUUUAUUGGUGCAUUAUUUGUGAUACAGUUAGCAGA